AUGUCAAACUUUCACAGGCGGAAUUACAAUAUAAGAUUUAUAUUUUCAAGAUUAUCAAUCAUAUCUGAGUCCAAAAUGGCUACAGCUACCAAGAAGGUCACUCUGGAGCAUAUGAAAGGUAAAGUACGAGAUAAGCUGAAGGAGGUGACAGUUCAAGCAGAUGACAUCCAAGAGACCCUACAGGAACUCCAAGGGAAGGUCCAGGGAUUGGUGUCUGAGGCUGAUAAAUGUGCCAAAGACGUGCUUAUGUCUAAUCAUAAGUCUAAGUGUAUGAAGAGGUUCCUUCCAACUCUACAGAAGAUAGAUGCAGUCUACAUGGGCCUGCUGUAUAUCUCAGAUUCACUCUCAUCUGUUGGUGAUGAGUCACAGGGUGAAUCUCCUGAUAAAGGACGUGACACGGACAGUAGUGCAACACCUUCCCAUAAUACAUCAGCGAUUGCAGACGAUGAUGAUGCAACUGUUGUUUCUACAGUUGUAUCCAGAAGUGCAAAAAGUGAUAAGGCUCAUAGUGACACACAUAGUGUUAAAAGUGAACCCCAGAGUGACAGUCAGUACAAGGAACCACCAGGUGUCAGUAGAGUACAACUCAGUGAAGAUAUGUUAAAAACACUAGACAGGGCAAGCAUAAAGCAAGACAAUGUUCACAAAGUGGGUGACAAAGAACAUCUGAAUGACACGGACAAUCUCAAACCAGUGGAUGAUAAGGACAAUCUCAAACCAAACCCAGUAACUUUAAGUCCAGGAGAUAUUCAUAAUAAGAUAUUCAAGAGCUUUUCACCCAUUCAAGACAAAAUCAGUCCGAGAGACUCCAUUGCCUCGGGUAGUGUUGCCGCUACUGAAACAAAAGAAAAUCUGAGUCAACCUUCCCCACAUAUCGCAUUAACUGCUGGUGAUCAUAGCCAGUCAGUUACAACUCCCGAAGUGCCACAAGAUGCUGCAAUAUCUAAGACUGACCAAACAACUAGUCAAAGUGAACAGUGCAAAGAUGAAUCUUAUGCAAUUUCAGGUGGUCAACAUGAAUUGCCUCAUCCUGAAAAUUACCAUUUAGUCGACAAACAGGAAAAACAUCAGUCCCCGUCAGAUACGCCAACAUUAACAAGAGCAAAAAUCUUACAGGAUAUCUUAAAGUCACGACUAGAUAAAGAAAAACAGUCGAGUGUGUCAACAGAAGAUAUUAAAGCACCUGACCAAACUUACUCAUUCAUUAGACCUCCGGUGAAGCCGAAUAUUGUCAAAAAGCUGAGGAAAUCAAAGUCAUCGUAUGUGUCUUCCAGUAGUGCUGCGUCACAACAAGGUCCAUAUGGGAUGGGUCCUCAGUUAUCAUCACUGACAUUCAAAGAUGGGAGCAAUGUUGAGGUGAUUGUAACCCAUAUUGUCCAUCCUUUCCAGUUUUGGGUACAACCCCAAGGUUUACAGCUGCCAGAACUAAUGGAGAAUAUGUGUCUCUUCUAUGGUAACCCAGCCUCCAGGCGAAGUCUACAGUGUGCCCCCCAAUGUGGUAUGAUAUGUAAUGCCAAGUGGGACUGUGAUGCCACGUGGUACAGGGCACAGAUAACUUCUGUACAUGCUGCUGACCAACAAAAAAUAACAGAUUACAGAUCGGAAUCUGAAUCUGAGUUGAACUCUACAGAUUAUGCUGUUGAUGUUCUCUUUGUUGACUAUGGGAACAAUGCUGAGAAUAUUGGAAUGACAGGCUUGAGGGAACUACCCCCAGAAUUCACUACCUUACCCCGCCAGGCUUUCUGCUGCACCCUAUCUGGGGUGAUGCCAAUGGACGGUAGCUGGACAUACCCUGCUGUCUACAGGUUCAACCAACUAGUCCUCAAUCAGAACUGCUCAGCUGUCGUUCACAUAGAAAACACAUGUCCUGUUAUAUUCAUAGAUCUCAUGAUCCAAACGGGUGACCAGCAAGAACAGGGGGCUUGUCCAAGCGGUACAAGUGCAAUGAAAAAGGUCAGUGACUUACUCAUAGAGGAGGGCUUAGCUAUCCCAGCAGUCAACAAAGAGAUAGCACAAGUGAUCAACCAAUGGUAUUCGGGCCAGGAUGUUGUUCAGUCCUCCAAUGUGGAAGAAAGUGGAAAUCCAUCCGAAGUAUGCCCAAGUGAUGUUACAAACAAUGCAACGAAUGGUACAUCUUCCCAAUGCCAGGAGGAACUUCUGAGCAAUGAAACAAAUGUGCAAAAUACAGAUGCCCAAGUGGAAGGAAAUAAGCCACUGCCAAGUGCCCAUGCCUUUGAAGGACAGGUGGAGGCAAAAAACAAACCUCUCAUGGAGUCUUCAGACUCUUGGCAGGCCAUUGUUGCUGAUGAUGACUUUGAUGCCUGCCUAGAUGAAGAGAUUGAUGCUCUCACUGUUGAUCAAGAACAAGAACAGCCUAUCGAGGCUGAAAAGAAGAAGGGAUCAAAAUCAACAAUUGGUCAAGAAACUACAACGUCUGGGAGGAAGAAAAAGAAGAAAAAAUCAUCUCGGGAUAAAUCUCCAACUAAACCUAUGUCCGAGCCACCUAAGUCAACUCUGAUAAAAUAUACCAAACGGGGCCAGUCUGCCCCUCCUGUUGGUCACACCUCUGCAUCCAAUGACAACAAAGAGAACCAAGGUGCCGAAGCAAUCAGUCCACAGAAGAAACUGCAAACUCUAGGAAUGCCGUCAACACUUCCACAAGAUUGUGACUUUCGGGGAAAAUUUGAAAAGUGGAUUCAGAUAGAUUCAACACCUGACAUAGAUCAUCUGAAAGAUUCGACACCUGACAGAGAUCAUAAGCAUGAAGUUGGUAGUAAUGAAGCAAACAUCGAAGAGGAGGACAGAGUAUCAAUUAGUAGCUCCAUCAAUGACGAGGAAUUAAAACCGUACAGGCCGGUUCACUUACCUAGUCCCGUAGAACCCAUAGCCAGUUCCGACCCAAAGAAAGAUGGGAAAUCUUCAGUUCUUAAAGACACAACAGUCAACAAGGAUAGCCAUAAUGCACCAAGUGAAGACAUCAGUGAUGAUGUUGUUAUGGAGAGGAAACUGAAAGAACAGAUCAUUGAAAUACCAGAGGCAGCAACUUUCCAGGUCAUGCUAUCAAGCAUCAACUCUCCAACUGACUUCUAUGUGCAUAUAGUCUCCCUUGAUACACAAAAAGUGAUUGCUAAACUUGAGCAAGAACUUAAUAAACAUUACGAGAAGUUCAACUCUAUCAUGAUGCGUUUCUUCGGUGGUUUUGAACCGUGUGUCGGUGAAAUUUGCAUCGCAAAAUUCUCCAAAGACAAUACAUUUUACCGAGCUAAAAUCCUCAAAGUAAAACCCAUAUAUAAAGCAGAUGGUAAAAUCGAGUCUGGUUUGAUGGGAAAGAAAGUGUAUGUAUUCUACAUAGACUAUGGGAACACAGAGUGGUUGAUAGCUAGUCAAAUUCUACCUCUUGCUCCACAGUUCCAAGACUAUCCUCCCCAGGCAGUUCACUGUGCCCUGGCUAGUACCAAACCUGUUCAUUCAAAACCAAGAUUGGAGGAAUAUGACGACUAUGAUUGGUCCCCUGAAGCAAAUGCAGAAUUUGUCAAACUCACAGGGUUAGAAAAACAGUUCCUAGCUGUUGUUGUUUACUGCAAGGAGGGUGAUGUAUUCAGAUCCCCAGAUAAGCCUCUACAAGUGUUACUAUGUGACUGUACUGCAGAGACAGAUGUCUGGAUCAAUGAAGAGUUGGCAAGCAGGGGUCUUACAACAUUCUGUCAACAAGAGGAAGAAGCUGCCACGCAAGAGCAGAGAUCGGAUACGGGUAAUGAUGAGUUUGAUGGCUGGGACCCUAUGGCUGAGGAGUAUCUAUCUGAGCGCAACACAUACAAGAUUGAUACAGAUGAUCCUGGUGUCGCAACUGUGGGAUAUGGUGACACGGGGCAAAAUCCGGUUUGUAAGUUCUAUGCAAGACGAGGACACUGUUACCGUGGUGACGAUUGCCCAUAUUUACAUGCUAGGAAUGACCCAGAUAUCAUCACUCGGGACAAAGUUGAAGUUACAAGAGUAUUUGAAACUUUACAUUCAGUGACACUGCCUAUGGAGGACUCUUGGGUCGUUGUUGAAAUAACGUCAAUAUUCAACCCGUGUCAUUUCUAUGUUGUCUUUCCAUUUGGGACACGGCCACUCCAAGAUAUGAUGAAAUCGAGCACAGAUGUUUCAGCUGAGAGUGGGUUCUCUGAAAGCAAUUUAAGCACCACCCCAGGAGAGACCCUGGACACCUUGAUGGAGCAGAUGAAUGAAUACUAUAACACAAAGGGGGCAAUGAGGACUAGGGGUAUGGAGGCAUAUGCUCUGGGGGAGAAUGUGGCAGUAAGGUUCACAGAGGAUAACAACUGGUAUAGGGGGAAGAUCAUUAAUACUCAGGAAGAUAAAGAUCUGGACAACAGUAAAGUAGAGGUAUUCUAUGUAGACUACGGCAAUACAGAGUGGGUGCCCGAAUCAAGAGUGAGAGAUAUCCUACCUCGGUUUAUAAGCUUUGAGUUCCAAGCCAUUGAGUGUUUCCUAGCAGGUCUAGAGCCUCUUCAAGAAAAGUGGGACACACAAGCAAGGCAGUGUUUUAAAGAGUUAGCUGAAGGGAAGACUCUCAUAGCACAUAUUAAGUCCAGUGGGUGCAAUGGAACAAUUACUCUUGAUCUCUACGACACAAGUGAAACUGAAGUGAACAUUGCCAAACAAAUGGCUGCCAGAAAAUGUGCCAUAUACAAUGAUUAUUCCUCUGGGAAAACUGUUAAGAAAAGAAAGACAAAGGAUUCUGAUGUAGAAAAACCUAUAUUCCUACCUGGAUAAUCAACUAAGGGAAUGCAUAGUGAUGGAGUGAAACUAACUCCCGUGAUCAUUUUGAAGAAGGUUGCGAGGAUGUUGAAAUCCCUGUAUUCCUCCUGAAGUUAUUUUAAGUCAACUUAAAGGAUUUGUAACGAUGAGGCAAACUUUUAGAGAUUUAUGAGAGAAUUGAGAGUGGUGUUAACUACGAGUUUCAGAGAUCUGUACAACAAUGUCCUAGAUUGGAUAUGUAUGAAAUAGAAAUCUGGUUGCAUUGGUUCCAUGAAGGAGAUCUUGGUUAUCCAUAUUUUAGUACCAGAUGUAGAUUUUCAUCAGCUAUUACAUUAGACAUUGUACAUAGAAUUAGUGUACAUUUGUAUAGUGAACAUUCCUGGUCUUUCAGUUGCAUCGAGGCUCAUUCUAUUUAGCCUGGGGGAAUGUACAGCUGUACCUUGUACCAGAGGGGGAAUAACCCCAGAGUUCAAAGAUGACAUACGCUUAUAAUGUAAAUCUGUAUUGAGAUGACAUAUAUCUCUGAUC